CCGGAAGUUCUGUGUCAGCUCUCGCGGACAACGAGGGAAAUUGAAUUACACAAGAAAGAGAUUAAAGCUGCAAAGUGGCUUAUCCAUAGUGAAAACUUUGAUACCGGGGAACUUCUUAACAGUGCUGUAGGACAACAUAUUGGGUAUGUCAUCGCCUCCCCUUGGCAGCAGGAGUCAUGACACGUCAACGAACAUAUCCGAGAGCGACUCGGACGACGAGUCCAAGCUCCCUCUUAACCAGUUCUAUCCCUACAUCCGGUGUGCCCUUUGCUGCGGUUUCCUCAUCGAUGCCACCACCAUCACAGAGUGCCUGCACACAUUUUGCAAAAGCUGCAUUGUGAAGCACUUCUUCUACAGCAACAAAUGUCCCACGUGCAGCAUCGUGGUCCAUCAGACACAGCCUCUUUACAACAUCAGGCCUGACAGACAGCUGCAGGAUAUUGUUUACAAAAUGGUUCCCUUUCUUGAGGACUUAGAAAGAGAACAAAUGUGUAAGUUCUACAAAGACAGAGGACUUCCAGUGCCUAAACCAGUGGUUCUCUCCCCUCCUCGUCCUCCUAUAACUAAGAGACAAAAGAAGGACAGCUAUCCUCAGUCUGUAUUUACCAUUCCUCCUGAGCUGGACGUAUCUCUGCUUCUGGAGUUUGUUGGGGCGGAAGAAGGCAUCUCCAACUUUAAGCCGCUGGAGAGGCGCUACGUCCGCGUGUCCGGUGAGGCUACCGUCCGCCACGUAGAGCUGUUCAUCAGGAGGAAGAUGGAGCUGAGCCCAACCUGCCAGGUGGAUGUGGUUUGUGGAGAUCACCUCCUAGAUCAUUACCAGUCACUGAAAGACAUCCAGAACUCUAUGGGUGAAGAUGCUCUACAGGAUGGCUUGUUGGUGCUACACUUUGGCUUGGUCCUGCCCAACCUGCCUUAAACACGAGAAGUGGAUGACGUUUUAAUUUUAUUUUUUAAAACUAUUUAAUUGGAUAACAAGCAGUAAAAAGUCUGCUUUUCUCCUCCCAACUAUUAACUCACCACUCGGCCGUUGUUCUGGAUGCGUUGUCGGUUAGAAGCUUAAUUAACAGCUUGCCAGAAUCUGCUUACGCUCGAUUAAAGCUCUAAACGGAAGGCAGCCGGGUUUAGGAGGCUGCGGACAAAACUUGUCAUCGGAGCAGAAAGUCCAAAGCAUCUACAUUUGGAAUUGUUUUGGGAUUUCUUUUGGUCUUUUUUUUAAUGAGAAGUCCACCAAGAAAAAGAUGGCUUUUCAUUGUGUAGCAUCACAAUUUCAGCAUCAAUAUUAGUUCAUAUUCAGGUGUCCCCAGGGACAGAUUCUCUGGUCAAACGUGUGCAAAAUGAAACGAUCAGGACUUCCUCUUUUUGUUUAUUUGUCUGUUUUGUUUUCUUAAGUUGCGGCUCGGAUGACUAGCAGGUCUGCUUUUGCAACAACUUGACUAAAAUGCUAUUUAUGGGUCUGAAGCUGACUGUUUUAAGGCAGCACAUGUGACAUCCGUCUGGUUUAGUCCAUUUGAGGGAGCCAGUGACCUGUAUUUAUCCAUCACCUCAUGAGUAAACUGUGAUACCAAACUACUGUGAUUCAAAGACUGUGAUUCAAAGGGCUCCGGCUACCAAAAGGUCUGUACGUCUGAGCAGAGCUUAGGCGUACAUUUCAGCCUGGUGGUGACCAGAUAAAACCGACUUGAUGAAAAGAAAAAAGAAAAAAAGUUUGUAGAAGAAUUGUCUUUGGGUGAUUUUCUAAUUGCUUUUGUCAGUUUGAAGUAACAAACACAACUGAGAAAAAAAUGGCUGCUGUAUUUUUGUUUGUUUUUUUGGGGGAUAAGCUUAGAAUUGUUUGAAAUGGUGUUUGGGACAAGAAUGAAAAUAUGAUUGUCUAAUGUUUGUACUUCAGUGAGUGCCUGGUUUUAUUACUAAUAAAGAUAGAUAGAUUUCUCCUUUCUGGA